ACCAUUGCUCCCAUCGGUGUAUAUAAUUAUCCCAACGCUUAGCAAUUUGAAAGCAAAACAAGUUGCCCAAUCUCUCAGCGUGACUUUGAUUCACUUUUUGUUCAGUUCUUUCAACGCUCUCUGAUUCCUUGGUGAUUGAAUUUACAAUUCUUUCAACUCUUCUUUUUAAAUAUUCUAUUUAUCUUAAUUUUUGUGUUUGUUUAAAUUUAUAUUUCUUAAUUCAAUUACUAUGACUCGUGCAAAUUCAUCAUCAAUUGACUCCAAUGGUAACAGAAUCGAUUCUGAGGGUAACCAUUCCUGUGGUACUAAAAGUAACACUCGUGAUGAGUCACAGCCUAAACGUGACUAUUCAAAAAAGAUUGAAGAUGUAAGGUCACAAGUGAAGGGUCAUUUCACCGAGAAUCCUGACUUAUAUGAUGCCGAUGAUCUUGAGAAAGUAUUUACCAAUGAUUUCUAUGUGUGUCGGUUUCUCCGUUGGUGCAAAGGUGAUAUCAAGAAAUCUGUCAACAUGAUACUUAAAUGCUUCCAAUGGCGUAAAUCAUCUGGUUUAAUCUAUCGGAAACCCACUGAUUUUCCAAGUGAAUUCUAUAAAUCCGGUGGAUUGUUCAACUAUCAACCUGAUCUCUUAGGGAAACCAACACUUUACAUGAGAGCAAAGUUUAUGCAUAAAGUUGCUGAACUUGAUGCUCCAUUUAAAGAUUUCAUGGCUUAUAAGAUCAACGAAAUUGACGAAUCGUGUGGUAAAAUGGCGUCUUGGACUAUUAUUAUCGAUUGUGCCGAAAUUGGUUGGGCCAAUGUUUGUAUCGAUAUGUUACGUUACCUUAUCUCAAUUAUGAGUAACUAUUUUCCGUUGGGCUUGAAGCAGGUAAUUGUUCUUGAUAUUCCUUGGAUUUUGGAUGCAAUUAGGAAAAUGAUUUCUUCCAUGUUGCCCGAAGAAGCUCUGAAAGUUGUCACUUUCACUUCGAGGAAAAAAUUACCUGAUUUCGUGGAUCCAAAAAAUUCACCGGACUUUGUUUGCGGCACAUGUACAGUCCCUUAUGACCAAGUUCCUUCCGGAUGCAAAUCUUUCGAUGAACUAACUGACGAUUUUUACAAUUUAAACGAAAAACAAUUGCGCAAAUUGACUGAUUUAUAUAAAAGUGUCAUGUCUUAAUGUGUCAAUACAACGAAAAAAAUUCAAACUGACCAGCAACAUUUUACUUAAAUGACCUUUUCCACCUUGGAGAAGCUAAAGAGAAAGAUUGUAAAUCUCUUGUAAUGUCUUCCAUUUUAUUUUAACCAACAAUCAAACUCAAAUGAUGAACAAAAUGUUCAGAAAUUUAAAUAUACAAUCACACUGAUCAAUCGUCUAUGAUGAUAAAAGUAAACACUCAUUCGCAACAAAA